GAUGGCGCGGGACGGCUGUGUCGAUAUUUAGGGGCAGGGGCCGCGGAGCGCGGGCGGCGGCGCUGCCGGAAAUUAUGUGCAGCAUGUUUUCUAGGUGGAACUGGGUGGCCUGUGGCUUCUGUCUGUUGUUGAAUAUUUGUUCUCCUGACGCAUCAGGUGGACUUGUGCAGUCAUGUGGUCACAUCAUCCCGGAGUCACCUGUACUGGCCCUCGGUUCCAAUUUCACAGCAUUAUGCAUUCUGAAUGAGAGUUGUCUUGACUUUGGCAAUAUCUAUGCCAGUCAGAUUAUCUGGAAGAUUAAAAAUAGACUGGUACCUAAAGAACAGUAUCGCGAAAUAAACAGAACAGUUUCCAGUGUCACAUUCAAUGACACUUCUUCACUAGCUACUCCUCUGACAUGUAACAUUUUAGCAGAUGGGCAGAUUGAACAGAACAUUUAUGGAAUUACAGUUACAGUAGGCUUGGCUCCAGAGAAACCCAAGAACUUAAGUUGCAUUGUGCAUCAGGUAUCAAGAUUCACAUAUGUUAUGACUUGUACCUGGAACCCUGGAAGGCAUACAUUCCUGGAUACUCAGUUCAGAUUGAGAUACAGCUGGCCAGAAGAGAUCUUUCCUGACUGUAUACCAAAAGAUGUAAACAAUUCUUGCACCAUUACUGAUAUUCAGUUCUUUGUUAAUACGGAGAUCUGGGUGGAAGCAACAAAUGCACUUGGGAAGGCUGAAUCUGAUCAUCUUGUUGUUGAUCCCAUUGACAUUGUUAAACCACUGUCUCCACAGAAUGUAUCGCUCACCUCAGGAAUACUGCCUACUGUUCUGCAGCUUUGCUGGGAGAAUUGGAUUUCAGAUGCUGUGAUGAUGCUGAAAUUCAAUAUUCGCUACAGAAUUGUUGGCGACACAAACUGGUUGGAGGUUCCUUCUGAAGAUACAGCUUCCACAAGAACUUCAUUCAGUGUUCAGGGUCUCAGACCCUACACAGAGUAUGCCUUUUCCAUUCGUUGCAUGAAGGAAGAUGGAGUGGGCUACUGGAGUGACUGGAGUGAAGAAAAGACUGGGAUGACCAUUGAAGAUCAACCAUCUAAAGGACCACCCAUAUGGAGGAUCAUUGAUUCAUCUCACUCACCAGCUUUCUGGACUGUGCAUCUAUUAUGGAAGGCAUUGAAGCCAUUUGAAGCCAAUGGAGUAAUCUUGCAAUAUGAAGUGACUGUCAGAGAUAAAUCAUCUCUUUCCAGUCCAGUGAAAAAAUACAACGUUACCAGCACCAACCAUACUUUAGAGCUGCGGGAAGGAACUUAUGAAGUAACUCUGGUUGCCCAUAACAGUGUUGGGGCAUCUCCUCCAUCAGUUUUACUUAUCCCAGCAAGUAAUUCAAAAGCUCCUGUGAAGAAUCUUAGAACAUUACCUAAACAUGACAAGUUGUGGGUAGGGUGGACUGCUCCUAACAGUUAUGUUCUUAAAUAUGUGAUCGAGUGGUGUCUGGUGUCCAGCAGCUCAGACUGCAUCAUAGAAUGGCAGAUUGCACUAGGAGAUGUUCAAGGAAUUGACUUAAAAGGCAUAAAGCCUUUCAAGUGUUACUUGAUAACUGUGUACCCUCUGUAUGCUGAUGGUCAGGGAAGUGGACAGUCUGUGAAGGCUUAUCUUAAGCAAGAUCGUCCUUCAAAAGGACCUACUGUUCAGACAAAAAAAGUAGGAAAAGCUGAAGCUGUUUUGACAUGGAACCAUCUCACAGUUGAGGAACAAAAUGGAUUUAUCCGAAAUUACACCAUACUUUACAAAACUAUUGAUGGAAAUGAAACAGUUGUGACAGUGGAUCCUUCCAAGACAGAGUAUACCCUUUCCUCUCUAACCAGUGACACACUCUAUACUGUGCGGAUGAUGGCAUCCACAGAUAAUGGAAGCAGGACCGGUCCUGAUUUCACAUUUACUACACAAAAAUUUGGAAAAGGAGAAAUUGAAGCCAUAGUUGUACCUGUGUGUCUAGCAUUCCUGUUGAUUGUGCUCCUUGGAGUUCUGUUUUGCUUCAACAAACGUGACCUAAUUAAAAAACAUAUCUGGCCUAUUGUACCUGAUCCAUCCAAGAGUAACAUUGCUCAGUGGUCUCCUCAAGUUCCAGCUAAGCAUAACUUCAGUUCCAAAGAUCAGAUGUACCCAGAAGGCAGCUUUACAGAUGUAAGCGUUGUAGAAAUAGAAGCUGACGACAAGAAGUCUUUUUCAGAACAAGAUCUAAAACCCUUUGACUUGCUUAAAAAAGAAAAAAGUACUUCAGAAGGGCACAGCAGUGGUAUUGGAGGAUCCUCGUGCAUGUCUUCUCCUAGGCAAAGUGUCUCUGACAGCGAUGAAGGUGAAACAACACAGAACACUUCAAGCACUGUACAGUAUUCGACUGUAGUGCUUAAUGGCUACAGAGACCAGACACCUGUACAAGUCUUUUCAAGGUCUGAGUCAACUCAGCCCCUGCUAGAUUCAGAAGAGAGAUCAGAGGAUCAUGCUGGAGGAGCUGACAGUACAGCACAGAGGCAGCAGUAUUUCAGACAAAAUGGUGGUCAGGAUGAAACCAACACGGACAGGCCAUGCUUUGAAAGAGCAAAGCAGAUUACUCAUGCUAAUGAGGGAGAUCUUGUUGGAUUUGUUCAACUGCAGAUCUCAGGUCAGAGUUCACAGCCAUUGGGCCUUGGGAUGGAAAAAAAUACCCAGGAAGCUGCUGUAUCAAAUGUUUUACAGACAUGUACUGAAGGGCAAACUGUGAGACCUGAAACAGUGGAAGAAAAUCCACUUUCAGUUGAUGAAAUGCCAAAAAGUUACCUCCCACAGACUGUGAGACAAGGGGGCUAUAUGCCUCAGUGAGAGAAAAGACUGGCUCUGUUUAGGCCUUCAUUAGUGCCUGUUCACAUCUUCCCCUGUGUUUCUGAUAAAGUAAGCUAGGUAUUUUUAUCUUACUGCAGAUAGAAAAACUGAAAUUAAGCAAAGAGUAAUUUGACAAAAAUAUAAUAAGAACUGUUUUUGUGGAAAAUUUCCAGUCCAGACUUACUGGAGAUUUACUUUUAUGCACUACAUAAAACCUUACACCUGGAUAGCUGAACAAGCCUUUGUGCUACAUUGGGCAUUUUGUAUCUCUUCAUAACAGAAUUUCACACGAUUGAAAAGGUCAAGUUUUAAAUAUCCACAUCAGCCAAUAGAUCUCAGAAGUGUUUCCCAGAAGAAACACUUGGAUGCGUGGCAGUGUACAAGCCUAAAAAGCCAGCUCUAGUUGCACAGUGCAGCUUUGUGCAAAAGUAAGACUGAAGCUCAGUAUUCUGACAUGGAAGAAUACUUGUGUGAUAUACUUUUCAGUAACUUAAUUGACUUACUGAAUUUUGACUUGGCCCAGUGCCUCAAUUUUCAGCUUACCAGACCUGCAAAUCAUGUUCAUCCCUAUUUAAAAACAUAAAAAUUUAAAUAGAACUUGCUAUGUUGUACAAAUAGGAAAGCACCAAGAUCACUUGAAUCUGAAUACUACUGUAGUAACUGAUACUUUACCUGCAUUUAGAUAUGUGUACACAUGAACUAUAGAGUAAUUUGGCCUAAAAAAUGUGCCUUGCAACUUGACGCACAGUAAUUCAGUCUCAUAUUCAAAAGUUUGGAAAUCGGAUGACAACACAGAUCAGCAGUUAUUUAAAGGUUUUGUAUCCCAAUCACUGUUUGAUUAUCUAAAACUUCUGUGAUCAUAUCUGCCUUUGUUUAAUAAGUGCACCUUUGCUGUGUACAGCUCAAGUAACAAGCUCUAAGCUUUUACCAUUUUGCUGAAUGUUCAGGAGAAAGGAAAUAUGACCUUCUUCCUGACAGACUGCAGCUACUAGUGUGCUGUAACCUCACUGCUAAUACUGCGGGACAUCCUUGAAACUGAAAACAGCCAAAGCAUUGAAGUCAUUGGUGCUCUUGGAACUAAAACCAAAAUCUGUACUCUGAAUUUGAACUUUGCUGGUAGUACGCCUCUAUUAGCAAUCAUGAGCCACAAAACACACUUAGGUGAUUGUUAAAAUUCCUUACAUUUUCUUAAUGUCUCACUUUUUCCCUGCUCACACAGUAUAUAUGUUUUGAGGAAGCUACAUUUCUUGGAAAAUUCCUCUACCAGUGUUUAAACAAAAAUUAAAUUACAGGACAAUAAACCCCUUCUCCAGUAAUAACCAGAAAUUUUAUGGUACUCUUAAAGAUUUUUUUUUUAAUUAAUUCUAAAUCUAAUAUAGGCUAGUCAGCUUUCUAAUCUGACACUAACAAAAAUGUAUUUCAAAACACUAAAUGCUGUUUUGUGAGACUAAAACAAGUGUUUUAUUUCUCCUUCAGCAAAAUAACUAUGUAUUUAAGACCACCUGAAACCUUUUGUGCUGUGACCUCUGGUACUGCUGUUCUGCAGAGCACUUGCUAAAAGCCCUUGAAAGGCCUGUGUCAGUAUAAUUUCAUCUUCCCUUGUCUGCGAGCUUGUGUGGAAGGAUGGGUGUACAUGUAAAUGUUCACGUGUCUUUUGGUUUUGUUAUGAAACAAUUAAGUGCAAGAGUAAAUUUGUAAGAUUACCUCUUGAAGUUCAGAAUAUUUAAAACAGAUAAAGAAUACAGAGUCUUUAAUAACAUUUCAGUAUUCCACAGUUCCUUUCUCCUGACAGUAUUUUUCUUUAUUUAGGCACUUUUUUUAAAAUUAAAAGGCUAUGUUACAGCUUACUAUAAUUGCACCUUUCUUCAGACCAGUCCUCUUCCUUUUCACCUCACUGCACCCUUAGCACCUUUAAACUCCCUCCUAGAGGGCAAAGGUGUAAUAAAAACUGCUGUCAUGAGACAGCAGAGAGAUCUUUCAUUUUUCAGAGGUUGAAGGAGCAUUCCUUUUUUGGAACAUGUUCCUCUUAGGAAAAAAUAGCAGUUACUUUACUGGAGGAUGAGUUAUCUUCUCUAUGCAAACUUAACAGUGACUGUAGAAACCACAGGUAAAAGGGAAAGACGCUGUUGAGCAGUGUGCAUGCUAAUUAGAACUGUCCAGCAGCCAUAUGCAUUCAAUCCAUCUUCUCAUCUCUGAAAUGUUAUAGGCCACUACCUGGUUAUGUAGUUGUCCUGGUUUAGGGCAAAUUUGGGAGGAAACUUCCAAAAGGGUCCCUCUAGAAAGCAAAUUCAAGCAGCCCCUCCCCCUACUGGUACAGGGAAAAAUUUUCUUUGGAGAAAAGUGGAAAAAAACUUUAUUUAACAGGCAAAGCAUUCAUAAGCAUAAAAAAUAAAUAAUAUCAAACACUAAAACCUCUCAGUGUUCUGAAGAGAUGGCAAAUUCAGAAAGUCCUUGUCACGGGAUGUAUCUUGGCUCAUUUGGUCUCUUAUCAGUCCCUCCUAUGCUGGACAAUGCUGUCUCCUGGUCCCCGAUAGGCCACAGGUGCGAGCUCCUGGUGUUUUUCUGGGUUUUCAGUCCAGAGCAUCUCCAAGAAAAGGAAAAGCCACAAUCCAGAGAACUUCUCUGCCCCAGCCAGCUAAAAACUAACUAAAAGCAAAGGAGAGCUGUGAGAAGGUUGCAGGGAAUAAGUGCAGUUUGCAGUGCAAACUCUGUGCUUCUUCUCCCCCCCUUAGCUCUCCGAACCAGUCUUAAAGGUGCAGAACUUAACACCCACCAUAAAUAGAACAGAUGACUGGGGAUACAAGCAUCAUAAAGUCACACUAGGGCAGUAGUCUAAACAGUGUUGCAAAUGUCCGAAUGUUUUCAAGAACAUGUUGAUGAUUUUUUUAAACUAUGUUUUUCUGAUUCAGUAAUAUUAAGUUUUGAUAGUAUAUGUUAUUUGAGAGAGAAUGUCAGGUAGUCCUUAAGUUGCUACUUGCCUUUCUGUAAAGGGAAGGCAUUUUCUUGUCAGUUGCUGUUAAUUGUGGACUUUUCAAAACUUAACUGAUGUUAAACAGCAGCAAGAGAUUCUGAUUUUUUAAAUCUGUGCUAACAAGAAUUCUGGCCUGUCAUUUCUGGCAUCUUUUAUUGUUGUUUAUGGGCCAGUGGUAAUAAAGUCAAAGAAUUGAGGGGGUGCUAGAGAAAGUUCUGGCUGGCUGGCAGUGCCCUCUGAGAUGGUGCAUUUAUCUAGGGCUAAAAUACUAAAAACUAAGCAGGAGCUCCUAGUGGGUGAACAGCUUGUAGAAGCCACAAUACAUAAACAACAGAUUUACAGCUAGUUCAUAAACCUAUGUGCCAAAUACAUUGUGCAGUGUUCAGGGUUUAACAAGAUUUUGUACUUUGGACUGUAAAAUUCUAAUUGUAUCAAACAGUUGCAUACAGGUUUUUAAGAGUAUCUGCAGUGUAAUUAUAGCAAUCCACUGAAAUUUUCUGAGCUUGGCCCUAACAUAGUAAUUAAAGAAAAAGUUUUCUUCCACAUCCCCUCCCCUGUUCCUCAAUGGCUAUUGGUGCACAUAACAAAAUAAAGGCAUUAUUAAAGUCAUAUUUCAGCAUAGACACUUUCAUGUCCAUCUUGAUUUCCUGGACUGGAAUUUUUCAGGUACAGGUGGAAGAAUAGUUGUAAGGACUGUUAAUUUGGUGGUGGGUAAGGGAGGCUAGUAGAAAUAUAUUAGCAUAUUUGAAAAACCUCUUAAAUGCAGGCUGGUUAAUGCUCCUCUGUUUAAAAGAGAAGUGAAUAUAUUACCUUUUUAGUUCUAUUGUGGUGGUUCUGUUAGACCAGGAGAUGAUUGGUAUUGUUUUCUGGAGUGUGUUGGCUCACUUUAAAGGCCGAUAGUCUAGGAAUAUCCUCUCCUGCUGUAGUGAAAAUCUUGGGAUUGUUUCAUGUGUGCUAUUGUAGAAAAUUAAGCUGCCUGUUACGCCUGUAACAUGGCAGUACAAGCACAGCAGAGGAAAAACUUUGUUAAACUUUGUUCUGGAGAGUUUAUGACAAGUAUGUGCUUGUCUGGUACAGAAGGCUAGCAAAAGCUGGAAAAAACCUUGGCCCUGGGAGGAUGAGGAGUUUGCAUGCUAGGGCUUAGUCCCACUCUUGGGCUCUGGAGAAGUCCCAUAACCUAGGUGGGAGCUUCAGCUUUGUCAGGUGGUUAAAGCAUACAUCAGUAUGAUGAAUAUGUGGGGUCACCACUGCUGAUUUAAAUUAAGUAAUAGUUUAAUUAGAGCCAGGUCUCAGAUACCCAAGAUCUGAAACUCCAAAGACUGUCAGAUUGUUAAUAGUGUGCCCCAUUCCAGGAUGUACACAUUUUGCAUUGUAAUUUAUGUGCACUAAAUGGGACUAAAUACACUAGUUUAUUUUCCCCAUUAGACAGUGGUUGUAGUUGAGAUUAACUGUUAUUUGAGUACAUUCCUUUACUGUGUUAAAAAGUUCUCUUGACUGAGACUGUAAGAGUUCCUUAAUCCCCAUAACCUUGUCUGUCUGCCAGGGUGGAUACAUAUAGCCAUUUUAAAUUCCAGGAGUUGCUUGUAAUAUUAUACAGGAGAAGUUUAUAUAAAAAUGUUGAGUCUUCUGUCAUGAAACAGCUGUUAGGGAAUUGCAGCCAACCCGAGUCUUCAGCUUUGCUUUUGAUCCAGAAAACUGCAGUAAAGUGGAGGUAUAAGUGCAAAAAUCUGGAGGAGAUUGAAAUUAAGUAUCUUGUAUUGGAUUCGUGAAUUUACAUUUCUCUUCCUUUAAAGUGAAAGCAUCAGUAAAACAAACAAACAAAAAAAUAUAAAAAUCAUGUGAAUUUGCUUUCACCGUUGUUUCCUUUGUAGGACUUGUGCAAUCUGAGCCAUUCUUGAAAAUAAAAGCAGUGCUGACUUAAUGCACAAGGAUGCAUUUCUAAGCCCACAAGAUUUGAUAAAACAAAUUUAAAAUAAUAAUGAAGGGCCAGAUUUCAACAAUUGUCUGCUUCCCUGCCUCUUAACUCUAGUGUAGAGAGAGUGUGGGCAGCAUGUACCUCCCAGAAUGCAGCCUUAGCCAGUACUUGUAUUUAUUUGCAAAGACAACCUGAAGGGGGAUAUAUGCAAUAAUGUCAUUGCUACUCUGCAGAAGCACAGUAACAAUAGAUUAAAAACACUUAUGGCACAACUGUUGACUGAUGGCUGGAAAGCUCCACAUCUCCUGCUCAGACUGAAGUGUCAGCUGUUCUUCUCUGGGGAUCACGGGCGUGGGAAAUGGGCAUUCUCUGCAGUGUGAAACAACACCUAUCAGUUUUCAUAUCAAAGCACAUUUGUUAAUGGAUCCAGUCAACUUGCCGUGUUUUUUUAACACACCAGUUUUGUUUACAGUGUCACAUCUAGCCUGACACUUUGAUACAGCCAGGGAUUGUCUAGUAACCAAUUGCUUUUAUUUGGGGAUAAGAAGUUACUGGUCACCCAGUUUGCUGUGCCAAUAUAUGCAUCUAGGUGAGCGGAGGUGUGGGACGUGGGAACAGAUGUAACAACAAGGAAAGUGCCUUGAUGCUGGAUUGGAUGGCUAGUGAAUGUAAGCAUUAAUUUAAAUUUUGCUAUGUACUUAAACUAAGUAUGGCCGAUUAAGCUAGUGGUAAUUUGAAUGCCAGCUUUAAAGGGCUUGCAUACUCUGGCCAGAGGUUAAACUUGUAAAUUGCUGCAUAAGCUGUCUCUGUAUGGAAAUGUGUUUUAAUAUCUGUUCACUGUCUUUAUUCUUUUGCAAGCUGCAUGUGUAUUGUCAUAUAAAAUCUGCUUUCUACAAUUUAUUUUUAUGGUCAGUUUUGAAUGGCUUCCUAUUUGUUACCUGACUGAGCCUGAAUGUUGCAUUUCUGUAGUACAUAAUAUGCAUAAAAAAACAAACCAAAAUUCCAUAUUUA